ACCCUAUAUGCAGGAUAAAAUUAAGAGACGGAAGUUGUUCCACUACUCUCUAUCGCCAGAGAACAUUUGAAAGCUAUAAAUGUGCUCGCCUCCUAAAUUCGAGUACAAUAUGCAGUCUGUGUAUUUAUAAAGUGAUUUUCGUAGGGGGUUUAAUACCCGCCCCGGUCCCGAUCUGCCCGGCGCCCACGGUGCGGGCGCCCUGACGUCAGUCUGUCUCCUCCCUGCUCCACCUCCAGUAGCGGAGCGCUUGUCUGCGGCGUGUGUGUGUUUGCUGGGUCUUUCACGCUUAGUUCCGUGGGGCUAGAAGGCGUCCAGGAGAAACAUGGCUGCCUGUAUCAUCGACAAGCCCGAACCGGAAUCCGCACCAUCUAGCAGCCAGAGAGGCGCCUGGAUUUGCGGUAAGUCCGAGAAGAUCGGAGGCCUGGAAGCUCCGAAGCGGCAAACCGGUGGUGACAGCGAGGCGAUACAAAGGGACCGUGCGGAGGGAGAGAGCGUCAAACUUCUGGCCGUCCCGGACUCAUCUGGAGCCGGAGAAGGAGACGGAGACGCCGCGCGAACGGACUGCGAUCCAGAGCGUCCACGGCAAGGCAGGAACCCAGGGAUCUCGGCCAUCUGCACCGGCGAUGGGGCGGAGAAGGAGGAACAAAGGAAGGAAGAGGAGGAGGAGGAGGAAUGCUCGCUCGGAGGCGGUGAUGCCGCGGAGAAGCGCAGCGUGACGGGGAGCCGGCAUGACAACAGAGCCGCCGGGGCUGAAGUGUCAUCAUCCCCACCGUCAUCCGGAGGGGAUCCCCCACCCCGCAGGGACUCCGAGGACAGCACCCUGAUGGAGGUGGAGAGCACGGUGUCCAGCGGUCGCUCCACACCGGCCAUGCUGACCGGCUUCCUGGGUGGUCCCGGUCCGGCCGCAAGCCCCGCCUCCUCGGCCAAAGGCCCCACCUACCCCUGCAGCUGGGACCACUGCCUGGAGAGUUUCUGCUCCAGCCCUGACCUGGCGGAGCACAUCCGGGGCAUGCACGCGGACAGCCGGCGUGGCGGGAUGUACGUGUGCCUGUGGAAAGGAUGCAAGGUGUACAACACCCCCUCCAGCAGCCCCAGCUGGCUCCAGAGACACCUGCUAAGUCACAGUGGGGACAAGCCCUUCAAGUGCGUGGUCGCUGGCUGCAAUGCCAGCUUUGCCUCAGGGGGCGUGGCUCGCCACGUCCCCUCCCACUUCAGCCAGCAGAACUCCUCCAAGCUGUCUGGCCAGUCGAGGGCCAAGGAGGAGUCGCCUUCCAAAGCCGGCAUGCGCCGGCGGCGGCUGAGGGCACGACACCACAGGUCCCUGCCACGCCCACAUGACUUCUUCGAUGCCCAGACUAUGGACGCCAUUCGGCACAGGGCCAUCUGCCUGAACCUGGCCACGCACAUCGAGAGCCUGGGCCAUGGACACAGCGUGGUCUUCCACAGCACGGUCAUAGCCAGACGAAAGGAGGAUUCUGGGAAGGUCAAGGUUCUGCUCCACUGGACCCCUGAGGAUAUCCUGCCAGAUGCGUGGGUGAGCGAGAGCGACAGACCGCAGCUGAAGACCAAGGUCGUGCACCUGUCCCAGCUCCCACAGGACACUGCCCUCCUGCUGGACCCGAAAACGUACCGGAUGUUCCUGUAGACUGGAGCGGAGGCUGUGUCCUUGGGUCCGUGAAGAUCAUCUAUCUGAUGGUACCGGAACCCCAGCCUCCUCUCCUUCCAAACCUGCACCAAAGUUUGCUGUGAAACCCGCCCUCUGCUCCCUGCUGUUCCUGCACGUCGGUGAACGUCAGUCAGGUUUUUUCCACUGGAAGACGAAGGCAUUUUUAUGGAUUUUUUUUUUCUUUCUCCGUUUUUGCGAGGGUCUAGACAGUUCGUCGCACCCCCUACCCAAGCCCUUGUUAAACUAAUUCUCUGGAAGUCUAGAUGAAAAACUGUGUCUAGCUAGUUCAUUUGUAAAUAUUUCUACAGAUUUGUGAUAUAUUUUUAUACUGUGAGAUUGGGCCUCUGCGGAGGCGAACUGAAUGUGAUUGUGUAUAUAAUUUGCCUUAUUUCCGGAGAGUUCCAUCGCAGCUGUGUCAUCCGGAAGAACGACGCGCAUCUCUGACAUCAGGCCUCCGUCUGACUCAUCGCUGUAGUCUGCUGCCGCUCCCACCCAGGCUGGUGACGCCGGUCCCGUGCAGGGGGACCUAACACCUUUCACGGCAGUGAAACCCCAUCUCCUGCUGUGACGUGUCGGACCGCCGGAUGAUAUCAAUAAAUGAUCUUUACUGGAA